AUUUAAAAAUUCAUUAAAGCGUUGUCAAAGAAUAAAUAAAAAAAUGUUUUACAGGGUGGUGGUCGGUGAAGGGGUCAAAGGGGGCCUGAGACGAACGGUACGGUACCUGGAAAGCCGUUGCUGUCGUACGCGAAACUCGACCGUUUUACCGUUACUCGGUCCUCCUAUAGCGGCGUCGUCGCCGCCGUCGGUUUGUUAUUCGUCGCGUGCGCCGCCGCCGCGGCCGCCGUCGCUGCCGUUGUUGUUGCAGUGCGAGACGAAAGCGUAUCGAGUGCGGACCAAUUCAUCGACAAGCACGUUGAGUGCCACGAGUAGUAGUAAAAGAGCCGCGAAUAUUGUGCCCGAACGGAAACCCUCAGACAACAACAGCCAGGUCAGGAUGCCCGAGUCGAAACCGUUCCAAAGAUUACCGGACACCGUCAAGCCCGUUCAUUACAGUCUGACCCUCAAGCCGGAUUUGAAAACGUUCGCCUUCGAUGGGAGGCUCGCCAUCGAAAUCGAGGUUGUAAAACCAACAAAUAAAAUCGUACUUAACGCCUUAGAUUUAAUAAUAAAAGAAUCAACGGUAGAAAAUAUCAAAGAUGAGAAAUUAAUCGCAAUUGAAAAAGUUAAUUUAUCGUCGGAAGAUGAAACGGCCGAAUUUUGCCUAACAGAAACCCUCGCCCCCGCUUCAUAUAGAAUGCACAUCACCUUCGAGGGCGAAAUCAACGAUAAAAUGAAGGGCCUCUAUCGAAGCAAGUACAUUAACGAAAAGGGGGAGGAUUGUUACGCGGCCGUAACACAAUUUGAAUCGACUGACGCGAGAAGGUGUUUUCCCUGUUGGGACGAACCCGCUUUAAAGGCGACAUUUGACAUUAGCUUGAUUGUUCCGCCGAAAUUGGAGGCGUUAUCGAACAUGCCGAUUAAAACGACGAGCAAUGUUGGCGAUUUGGUAAAAUACGAUUUUGAAAGGACCCCGAUUAUGUCUACUUAUUUGGUAGCCACAGUUGUUGGGGAAUAUGAUUACGUUGAAGGAAAAUCGUCGGAUGGGGUUUUGGUUAGGGUUUAUACGCCUAGGGGGAAAAAAGAACAGGGUUUAUUCGCUUUGGAAGUCGCUACGAAAGUGUUACCUUAUUAUAAAGAUUAUUUUAGUAUCGCUUAUCCAUUACCCAAGAUUGAUUUGAUUGCUAUUGCUGAUUUUAGUGCUGGAGCUAUGGAAAAUUGGGGAUUAGUUACGUACAGAGAAACAUGUCUUUUGGUCGAUCCCCAAAAUACCUCAGCAAUGCGAAAACAAUGGAUAGCUUUAGUAGUGGGUCACGAAUUAGCUCAUCAGUGGUUCGGAAACUUGGUAACAAUGGAAUGGUGGACUCAUCUUUGGCUAAACGAAGGUUACGCUUCAUUCGUUGAGUUUCUCUGUGUAAACCAUCUUUUCCCCGAAUACGACAUCUGGACGCAAUUUGUCAACGACAUCUAUAGUAGAGCUUUAGAAUUGGACGGGUUGAAAAAUUCGCAUCCCAUUGAAGUUCCAGUUGGUCAUCCAUCGGAAAUCGACGAAAUCUUCGACGAUAUUAGCUACAAUAAAGGUGCCUCGGUUAUCAGAAUGUUACAUCAUUACAUUGGCGAUGAAGAUUUUCGUAAAGGAAUGAACCUGUAUUUGACUAGACAUCAAUACAAAAAUACUUUCACGGAGGAUUUAUGGGCGGCUCUUGAAGAAGCUAGUAAGAAACCGGUUGGAGCUGUUAUGUCAACUUGGACAAAACAAAUGGGUUUUCCGGUAAUUCAAGUUACAUCAACGCCAAAACCGGAUGGAAAAGGAGUUACAUUAAAUUUAACUCAAAGAAAAUUUUGCUCAGACGGUAGCCCACCUAAAGAAGAAUACAUGUGGAUAAUCCCUAUUUCCGUUUCAACAUCUAAAAAUCCGGGUAAAGAAGUUGCGAAUACCGUUUUGAAAGCAAAAGAGGGAACGAUCGAACUGAACGACGUCACAGAAAACGAUUGGGUUAAAUUAAAUCCAAGCACUAUUGGUUGUUAUCGUACUCAAUAUCCACCAGAAAUGCUUGAAAAAUUAGUUCCAGCAAUCAAAAAUAGAUCUUUACCACCUUUAGAUCGUUUGGGUCUUUUAGACGAUUUGUUCGCUAUGGUUCAAGCAGGACAUACAGGAACGGUUGAGGUACUUAAAUUAAUGACUGCUUUUGAAGAAGAAGUUGAUUAUACCGUUUGGUCAUCUAUAAGUAAUGUACUUACUAAGUUAGGUGUUUUAUUAUCCCAUACUAAUUCUGAAAAACAAUUUAAUGAGUACAAAAAGAAAUUACUUUCAAAAGUCUUUUUAAGACUUGGCUGGGAUUCAAUAGAAGGCGAAACCCAUCUGGAUACUUUAUUAAGAGGUUUAAUUUUGGGUAGAUUAGCAUGGCUCGAUGAUGAAAACUUCAUAAACGACGCAAAAGUGCGAUUUGCAAAACAUAUAGGUGAAGGACCAAAAUUACCAGCCGAUUUACGCAGCGCCUGUUACAAAGCGGUUUUAAGAGCGGGUGGACAAGAAACUUUCGAUACUUUGUUACAACUGUAUCGUUCAUCCGAUUUGCACGAAGAAAAAGAUCGUAUAAGUCGAGCUUUGGGUGCCACAAAAGACGCUGCUUUAUUACAAAAAGUUUUAAACUUCGCAAUGUCGGAUGAGGUACGUUCUCAAGAUACAGUUUUCGUUAUUAUGUCGGUUGCUAUGACUAAAGUUGGAAGAGAACUCGCUUGGACAUUCUUUAAGGAUAAUUGGAAAAGAUUAAUUGAUAUUUAUCAAGGUGGAUUUUUAUUAGCAAGAUUGGUUAAGUUUACAACCGAAAAUUUUGCUAGUGAAGAAAUGGCGGUGGAAGUUGAACAAUUUUUCCGCGACCAUAAAUCGCCUGGAACUGAAAGAACCGUACAACAAGCCGUCGAAACUAUACGAUUAAACGCAGCGUGGUUAGCUCGCGAUAAAGACGCGAUUACCGCAUACCUCAAUGAGAACUUUAAGUAAAUGGAUUCGUUUUUUUUAUGUUUAAUUACGCAAUAAACAUUGUCGAUAUAUAAAAAAAGAUGAGGUGUGUGUGAAAGAUUAUGUUAAAGAUACAGUUGGAAAUAUCAGGGUUACUUAUGCAUUUAUUAUUAAUUUUUUUAAUGGAACUAUUUAAAAUUAACUAAAAGAAGUAUAUUAGUUGUUAUCAUUUUGGUUGUAUUAAAUGGACUUUGUGGUUUUAACAGAUAAAUUUUUGAUAUUCCGACUGGUUUUUAACUAAAGGAUCCUUUAGACAAUGUGUGUGUGUAUAUAAUAUAAUUGUGUGAAUUAAUUUUUGAUGCCAGUCAAUAUAUAUUAUAAAUAAAUAAAAUUUACCACACAU